AUGAAACCUGCCCAAUCUCCCAGCUCCUCUGACAGGCUGAAGAAUCGCGUCCGCGUUUCGCUCCAGAUCGUCCCAUCUUGCAGGGGACAGGGCAGGGAAAUGGCUGUGAUGGAGCCCGCUCAGGGGCAGGGGGCUCUGCUGGACCCCGCGCAGAGAGCCCUUUACAGAAACGUCAUGCAGGAGAACUAUGAGACGGUGACCUCGCUGGGAUUUCCCAUUCCCAAACCCGAGCUGAUCGCCCGGCUGGAGCAAGGGGAAGAGCCAUGGGUGCCUGAUCUCCAGGCCUGCGAGGAAAAAAGGCUUCUGAGAUGCACCGGCACAGCAGGCACUGAGCGAGGGAGUGAGAAGCAGGAGGGGAAUCAUCAUCAGGAUGUUCCUGGGGAAGUGGAACCACAGGGGACGUCUGUGGGAGGACCUGAAGGGAAUUUUUCCCAGUGCUCUGAGGGAGAAUCCUGCGGAAAUUGGCACAGGUCACAGAGGUUUGCGGGAAACCACCCCAGGAACAAAGUGGAUGAAUCUCUUAACGGUGGGGGAGGAGACAAAGAUCCCAGAGUGCAGCAGACAAAUGCCAAGGAAGAGACACCCUGGCACUGCCUUCAGUGUGGGAAAGGAUUCAUUGUGAGAUCACGGCUUGUGACACAUCAGACAAUCCAUACUGGAAAGAAAUCCCUUCAAUGCUUGGACCGUGGGAAAAGCUUCAAUAAGCGCACAGAUCUUAAUAACCAUGGGAGAAGCCACACUGGAGAGAAGCCCAUUCAAUUGCUUGAGUGCGGGAAAUGUUUCAGUUCAAAGUCGGCACAAAAGUCACAUAAGAAAAGCCACACAGGAGAGAGACCCCACAAGUGCUUGGACUGUGGGAAAAGUUUCAUACAAAGCUCAGACCUUGUUCAACAUCAGGCAAUCCACACAGAAGAGAGAUCCCAUAAGUGCUUACAAUGUGGGAAAAGUUUCACAUGGAGGUCAGCGCUUGUUAAUCAUCAGGCAAUCCACACAGGAGAAAGACCCCACAAGUGCUUGGACUGUGGGAAAAGUUUCAUGCAGAAGUCACAUCUUGUUAAACAUCAGGCAAUCCACACAGGAGAGAGACCCCACAAGUGCUUUGACUGUGGGAAAAGUUUCAUAAGAAGGUCAAACCUUGUUGAACAUCAGGCACUCCACAGAGGAGAGAGACCCCACAAGUGCUUGGAGUGUGGGAAAAGUUUCAUACGAAGGCCAGACCUUGUUUGUCAUCAGGCAUUCCACACAGGAGAGAGACCCCACAAGUGCUUGGAUUGUGGGAAAAGUUUCCUAAGAAGGUCACACCUUGUUCAACAUCAGGCAAUCCACACAGGAGAGAGACCCCACAAGUGCUUGGACUGUGGGAAAAGUUUCAUACGAAGGUCAGAGCUUGUUUAUCAUCAGGCAAUCCACACAGGAGAGGGACCCAACAAGUGCUUGGACUGUGGGAAAGGUUUCAUAAAGAGGUCACAGCUUGUUCAACAUCAGGUAAUCCACACAAGAGAGAGACCCCACAAGUGCUUGGACUGUGGGAAAAGUUUCAUGCAGAGGUCAAACCUUGUUCAACAUCAGGCUAUCCACAAAGGAGAGAGACCCCACAAGUGCUUGGAUUGUGGGAAAAAUUUCAUACAAAGAUCAAACCUUGUUCAACAUCAGGCAACCCACACAGGAGAGAGACCCCACAAGUGCUUGGACUGUGGGAAAAGUUUCAGACAGAGACGGGCGCUGGUCAAGCAUCAGAGAAUCCACACACGUGCCAAACCCUAUAAAUGCCUCGACUGUGGGAAAAGUUUUGUUGACAGAACAAAACUUACUAGACAUCAGGCAAUCCACACAGGAGAGAGACCCCAUAAAUGUUUAGACUGUGGGAAAAGCUUCAGUAAGAAGUCAAACUUUAUUAGGCACCAGAGACUGCACACAGGAGAAAAACCCUAUAAAUGCCUUGAGUGUGGGAAAAGUUUUAGUCAAACUUCAAACCUUAUUGCACAUCAGAGGACCCACACAGGAGAGAGACCCUAUAAAUGCCUUGAGUGUGAGAAAAAUUUCAGUUUGAAAUCAACCCUUAAUACACAUCAGAAAACCCACACAGGAGAGAGAACCCAUAAAUGCCUUGACUGUGGGAAAACUUUCAGUCAGAGCUCACAGCUUACUAAACAUGGGAGAAUCCACACAGGAGAGAGACCGUAUAAAUGCCUUGACUGUGGGAAAGAUUUUAAGGAAAGUUCAUCCCUUACUAAACAUAGGAGAAUCCACACAGGAGAAACACCCUACAAAUGCUCCGAGUGUGGGAAAAGUUUUAGUCAGAGCUCACACCUUAUUGCACAUCAGAGAAUCCACACAGGAUUACGACCUUAUAAAUGCCCUGAGUGUGGGAAAAGUUUCAUUUACUGUUCAAACCUUAUUAAGCAUCAGAGAAUCCACACUGGUGACAAAUCCUAUAAAUGCCUUGAUUGUGGGAAAAGUUUCCUUGACAGAACAAAACUUAUUACACAUCAGGCAACCCAUACAGGAGACAGACCCCAUAAAUGCUUGGACUGUGGGAAAAACUUCAUUCAGAAGUCACAACUUAUUAGACACCAGAGAGUGCAUACAGGAGAGAGACCCUUUAAAUGCCUUGACUGUGGGAAAACUUUCAGGCAGCACUCACACCUUAUUACUCAUCAGAGAAUCCACACGGGCGACAAACCCUACAAAUGCCUUGACUGUGGGAAAAGUUUUGUUUACAGAACAAAACUUACUAAUCAUCAGAAAACCCACAUGGGAGAGAAACCCCAUAAAUGCUUGGACUGUGGGAAAAAAUUCAGUCAGCAGUCAUACCUUACGCGACAUGGGAGAAUCCACAUGAGGGAGAGACCUUAUAAAUGCCUUGAGUGUGGGAAAAGCUUCAGUAAGAGCUCAGAGUUCACCAAACAUCAGAAAAUCCACAAGGGUGAGAGACCCCAGAAAUAGCUUGACUACAGAAAAAGAUUCAAUUUGACUUCACACUUCAGUGAUCCGCAAAACAGAGAGACCUUGAAUGUGGGAGAAGCUUCAUUUGCCGCUCCCAGAGUAUCAAGCAUCUGCAAAUCCGCACAGGGAAAAAACCUCUCAGAUGUUCUCAGUGUGGAAAAUACUCCAAGUGGAGCUAACACCACAGUGGACAUCAAAGACUCCUCCACACACCCAUUUCCUCAUUCCCACACACAUCAGGGGUGUUUGGCUCCCAAAGAUCCAGCUGCCCAUCACUGGGGUGGGGAUCCAGCAUCAGCUGAACAUCAGCUGGUCAGUGACCUUCUAGCUCUGCCUGGUCUAAGCAAACCCCAAGCAGAGGAGGAGAAGCCUGGAUCAGUCCCUUUUCCCACCACUGCCUCCGCAGCAUCAGCUCCUGAGCAUCUGUCUAUGGUAGGAAUCGUGGUCAGGAUUAGCCAGCGCAUCUCUGUGACCCUUCACCAGAUUUCCUAGUGUAAAUUCACCCUGAGCAUCUUAUGUGUAAGGCUAAGAGUUUGUCAUGGAUAUUUUUAGUAAAACUCAUGGAUAGAUCACGGGUAAUAAAGAAAAAUUCACAGAAUCCCAUGAUCUCUCCAUGAGUUUUAUUAAAAAUAUCAGUGACAAAAUGCUGAGGGAGAAGGCUCCAGCACACAUCGCUGCUUGGGUCUGGUGUCCCUUGACGGCUUACUUAUGUGUUCUAACUCUCUCCCAUUAAGAGAGUGAUCAUUAGUCCCUGAGUUUCCCCUUUGGGGCCAGAUUGUCUCAUUCUCAAAUAGUCUCACAUUACUCCGGGCCAUGCUGAAAAGCAUUUAGUUUUUGUUCAUUUUCUCCCUUAUAGAGCAGAAUUAACUAGAUGCUAAAAGAAUGUGGAGCAGGGACAGUGAAAUGUGGUGUUUUACCUUCUGUGUUAUUUCAGGGCGAUGGAGUGAGUCCAAGGGUUUCCCUCCUUCCCCCAUCACUGUCACACUCCACUCUCAACACAUCAGCCUCUGUCUCAGCAAUGCAGAGUUUUAUCCUGACCCAAAUCUACCCCAUCCGCAUCCCAGUGUCACUUACCACUGUGUCCAUGGCUCUCCAUGCUUUGGAAUCACAGUUUUGAUAUCUAUGAUCCUAAGUCAGACUCCUGAGGGCUUGGGAAGAAAGUGUCCCAGACCUGGGAGUGAGUGGGGAAAUCCCAAUGAACCUCAAAGCACAGUUUGACCUUUCAGAUCUUAUAGCCCUGUUUCCAUCUAUUGGUAAAAUUGCUUCCUGACUUUUUCUAGGCUUAGUCCAGAUCAUUUGUAGAUGGGAAGAUUUUUCUUUCUUUCUCUUUCUUUUAUUAUAAUGAUGCAACUAAUACAACCAAAUAAUAAAGUGAGAAGUGAAGCCAGUUUAGCCACUACAGAAGAAAAAUGGGUGCAUUUAUUUUCCUGAUUUUGAGCCGUAAAAGAUUCUUUGAGAUUUCACUUUAUGAAUGUGAAAAUGUUUUAUAGCCCACCCUGGACUGUGGGUUUUUCUCUCUUCGUGAAGGCCGUGAGGUCACAUACUUUGAUAUUAGUUUAGUUUGACAGGAUGUAGUUCAGAUUUAUUGAGGACUUCAAGAAACAAAUGAUCGUUUGUUGGAAUAGUCCUUUUUUAGUUUUAAUUUUAAUUUUUAUCUAACGCUUUGUCAGGAGAUAUUUUUUGUGGUUUAAAGAAUGACAGGGAUCAAUUCUCAGCACAGACAUGGAUGGUGCAAGCUAGAUUCAGAGUGCAAGAGGCAGAGACUGAAAUGGAGAAUAAAGUUACUGCCUGAUCCCUGCAGUGAUCUGAGAUACUGCUAGGAGGGGAAGAAGACAGGAAUAACAGAGCUGGGAAACUGCUGGAUUUGCUCCUGAAAGCCAAAUGGCUGAGGCUGGGAACUCACUGCAUCACAGCCACAGAGUGACUUGGCUUGUCAGUUUCAUGUGAAGCUGCCCCUGAAAUCUAAAGGACCAUGAACAACACCCCAAAAACGAUAGGGGAAGGAGUCAGCAUCUCCGUAUUGCUGAGAUGCCAAGGUUGGGCACAGGGAAGAAGGGAGCCAAGGAAGUCAACAGACCGAGGCAGCCUUGAAGCCAGGCCAACCCCCAUUGAUGAGGCCAAAGGGAGAUGAGGAACCUGACAGCCCAGCUGGUCACCCCCUCCCCAUGUACCGCUGUGUCCUGAGUUGGGAUGACAGAGACUCUCUUUGCCCCAGUCAUUCCCACACUCAUCCCUCUUGUGACUAAACCCCUGGUGCGCCAUGUUCAUCACUUGUACACGGUUAUUCUGUACUGUGAAAAAUGUAUGUCCGGUGAGGGAUCAUUGGAAAACUCAUGAUCUGUUGAAUAUUGUGCCAUUGAAAUGUGUGUAAAAC